GACUAAGUGCCUCUUCUUUGACACCAUCCUCCCUGCCGUCUCCACGCGUCCCACCGCGCCGCCCCCAGUCUCCGCAUAGCCAACUGCUUCCUCUCCUCUGCGCGUCAUCAAUUGCCUCCACUCCACCUCGUCAACAGCCUCCGCACGCCCACUGGUCCCGGCCUCUUCAACAACGUCUCCUGCAUCAACCUGAUUCACCGGAAGGAUAUGGCACCGACGACCAUGGAGAAGGUUGGAGAGGUGUCGGGAUCCCGGUCAAGGGCGUAGCGGCGGCGGCGGCAACGACAACGACAACGGCAACGGCGACGGCACAGCCCGACCAACCGGGCAGGGGUAGCUCAAUCGGAAGCUAUGGCAUCAUCGCAACAAGGCGAGAGGAAAAUUCCUCUGGAGAGAGGCACGAGCGAGCCGGUGGAGGCGGCGGCGGCGACUUCACUUGGUGCAUGGCAUGCCUCCUCCUCCACGGAGGCCUCGUCUGUGAACGUCAAUUGAAGCUUGUAACACUUGACCCUCAUGUUCCUCGCUCGUGUAUGGGAAAUCAAAAUCUUCUUCCUGUUCGUGAUUCUUCGACCAAAACAAUUCUAGAAGGAGCUAAAGUUGUUAUUAGCCUUUCAUCUUAUGUUGAUGGCACAUUAAUGGCACGGUCAUCUGGUUUUUUCAUCAAUUGGGAUGAGGAGAGUAAAGUGUGCACUGUCCUUACAUCUGCACGUCUAAUCUGCUCAAAGUACUCAUCGAUGGACCAGUGGUUAGGUUCAGAUGAGUAUUCACCUGAUGCUACGGUUUACGCUCACUUGCUAGAUAAAGAUGAGACAACUGUACCAGCAGCCUUGCUACAUUAUGACAGGCACUUUAACAUUGCUCUGUUUAAGGUUGAUGUAGACUCAUGUGCUAAGAUUCCUAGUUUCAGCAGUGAAGUGACUUGUGGUCAGGACAUAUUUGCCCUUGGUAGAGAUGAUGAUUUAAAUUUGACUAUCAAUCAUGGGCGUGUCCAAUUUAAGGGUCCAAGUAUGUUUGAGCGCCACUACUAUAUGUAUACUGGUUUCACGACUGGUCAGUCUGGCAUUGGAGGGCCAAUUAUUAACUUCAAUGGGCAAGUUUUGGGGAUGACUAAUGUUCUAGGAAUGGGAUUUAUUCCUUCAUCUGUUAUACUUCAUUGCUUGGAUAUGUGGAAAAAGUUUGGUUAUAUCCCUCGCUUGCAUAUUGGGAUGAAACUUUCAGCCAUGAAGUUUCUAGAUCCAAUUCAUGUGGAGAAGAUCUCUCGCAAAUGUAAUAUUGAUUCGGGUCUAAUAGUUAAAGAGGUGUCCUAUGGAUCAAAUGCUGAGAAUAGAGGAGUUAGAGCUGGUGAUAUCAUUCAAUCCAUGAAUUGAAAGUGUAUUGCAACAACAGUGGAGUUGGAGAUUGAACUUAUGCAAAUAUGCGAGGAUCAUCUUGACAAAGGAAGAGGCAUUGGUUCCAGCGUAGACAUACAAGUUGGUAUAUUCCGCAUGUGCAAAGGUUCCACGUGCACUAUAAGUCUGAGAUUAAAUAUAUCAAAUGAUGUAGAGGUGUUUGCAAGAGGCAAAUACAUUUUCUCUGCAAGAGAUUGUACCUGGGUGUUUGAUGAUGUGGGCACAGAUCUUCAAUCUUGAAGGAAAGUGAUGUGACCAUGGCUACCACGGAUGCAACCAUUGCUCACAUCAUGGAUGAACAAGAAGAUAUCAAGGUCAAGGCAUCCAAGUGCUGGAAUCCGAUUCGGCCACCUGCUACACUGCUGAUUUCAAACGGCCGCCAAAUCUCCAUACAAGCUCCGUUUUCGGCCCGUGAGUACUUGAUGGAAAGCUCUCGGAGUCCUCUUUCCAACGGAUCCAACCUCAUCACCAAAUUCCAUCCCAGUCAACCGCAGAUGAAGAAACAAGGUGCAACAUCACCUGUCAUGGGCCUUUGGGCUUGUAACUUCGUUUGGGACCCCGGCCCAAGUGGGGCCCAUGUGAGGUGCGCCCCAACCAGGUGGAGCACAACCCUAGGACCCUCUUGGUCGUUCUCCCACCCUUAUAAGUAGCUAGGUACCCUUUCAGGGUUUCUCGGGUUUUGAUAGAUUAAAGUUUAGCCAUUGCUACUUACUUGCAGCGCGCGUGUCGGCUAGACCGUCCGUCUUCUUGUUCUUCAGAACCCCAACUUAUUAUUUGUAUUAAA